CGGCUCGACGGCGCGGCCGCCGCCUCGGCCUCCGCCUCGGCCGCCGCGCGGCGCCGCCAGGGUCCCAGCACGCCGGCCGCGGGCGCACCAUGGGCCGGGAGCAGAACGGCCGCCGCUUCUCGCGCAGAACGUCAGGAGAUCCCCGGUCUCGGCGAUGAGUGGACACGCCGUCCCGUCAGGCGACCCCCUCCACCCCAGUGGGUGGAACGAGUUCUGUGAGCAGUAUGCCAUCACCACCGCCAGAGAGCUGGCCAGGAAGUACCUCCACUUUGUCGGCGAGAACCCCCAGAGCGAUGUCUUGGCGGCCGAGAACUUCUCUGGGCGGUUUGCUGACCUCUUCCAGCAGUACUUCCGCAGCGAGGUGAAGGAUAACUUCGCUGCGAACCCGUUCCGCGUCCUGCCCUUCAGCAGAGUGCGAGACUACAGGGAGACGGGCCAGAGGGAUGCCGAGGGCUCCUCGGGGACGGCUGGGACCAAGGUUGAGGUGGAAUUGUCGGACCGGGGACCCGAGGCCCGGCCUUGCGGGCUCCCCAAGUCCUGGAGUUCCGAAGAGCUCACAGGACCCGCUUCUUCGCUGGCUGUCAGGAGGCACUUUUCCCUGGACCGGCUGAGGAGGAGCUGGCGUAGCCUGUUCCGUCGGGGGUCCUCAGAGCCGGGCCCCGGCGAAGGGGAGAUGACGGACUUGGUUUUGAAAUCUGGCCUUGCCCGAAAGAUCUUCCCGUGGACUGUCUCACGGGACCUCUCAUCUCAAGUCCAGAAGGAGGGUAAUCUGAAAUACAUGAUGGUGACGGAGGACAGUGGCACCCACUGGCAGAAAUGCCGGCUAGUUUUAUACAAAGAAGGGCCUUCGGACUGCCGGAAUUACGCCUUGGCACUGUUUGAUCCCCCCAAGAGCUCAAGGCCCAAACUGCAGUCCCCGUGCUUGGCGGUCCAAGAAACCCGAGCGUGCACGCGGCUGGAGAUGCCCGACCAUCCACACACCUUUGUGGUCAAGGUAAACGCGUCCACAGAAAUAAUAUUUGAGGCUGGAGAUGACCGACAGCUGGCCGCUUGGCUAGCCGAGAUUCAGCAGGGCCUCCCCAGAUCAGAAGGAGCCCAUCUAGAGGGGACCCUGGACCCUCACUCGGAGGCCACAACGCCCAGCCCUGCCAACAGCAGCACUGACUCCCUGCACCAAGGUGUGUUGCUCUCGAGGCCCACGGAGCAGCCCGGCCAGCGGGUCGACCACUACCUGUCCUCCUUCCCCUGGUUCCACGGCCCCAUCUCUCGGGUCAAGGCAGCCCAGUUGGUCCAGCUGCAAGGCCUCGAAGGGCACGGGGUCUUCCUCAUCCGGCAAAGCGAAACCCGCAGGGGAGAAUACGUCCUCACUUUCAACUUCCAAGGAAAAGCGAAGCACCUGCGGCUUUCGCUGACGGAGCGGGGCCAGUGCCGCGUUCAGCACCUGCACUUCUCCUCCAUCCUUGACAUGCUGCACCACUUCCAGCACUGCCCCAUCCCCCUGGAGUGCGGCACCACCUGCAACGUCCAGCUCUCCCGGCACGUGGUCGUCGUCCCGCCCGUGCAAGCCUCCAGCCACGUGGCCGCGCUCCCUCCUUCGCUCCAUCACUGCUGUCCUGAGGUCAGCUUCGUGCAGCUGAGUCCGGCUGGCUGUCCACGGAUCCACCUGGCCCACAACCUUCACCACCACUCCGCGGAGCAGAUCUUCCACCUCGUGCCCCCUCCGGAAGAACUGGCUGGCAACCUCCGGCACGGCCACGGCACGGCUGUGCCGUCCCCCACGCCUGCAUCCCGUCGGUGGGACAGCGACUACGAGGUGGACACGCAGGGCAGGGGGCGCCUGCGGGCGGUGAACAACCAGUACACGUCCCUCUGACGCAGCAGGAUGAGGCCACCCGCGGCUUUUGCCCAGGACGCUGAAGGACGGUAUCGGAAACUCUGCCCUCUUCGAGCUUGUUUAGCAUUUGGUUGGUGAGGCUGGGCGUUUGCUCCCUUCGGGGUGGACGGCCAGGUCAGGCCUGCUCCAGGACCUCCUCGGCCCGUGUUUCCCCGUCUCUCGUCGGUUUGCACACGCCUCUUCCUUUGCGUUUGGCUUUCUUAGUGCUGCGUACGAUAUUUGCAGUGGCUGAUUUGGGUGCCUUACCCCAGUCUUUCCUCUGAAGCGGGAGGAAAGUGGGGCAGCAGGUGGGGGAAUAACGACAGAAGGGAGGCCAAAUCCCUCACCCCAGUUCCCUGCUGCUUCCCAUCCCGUUUCUCCUGUCUUGUCACUGGACUAAGGCCUUGGGGUUCUCCAGGAGAAAUCUCCACGCAGGGCUUCUCCGGAGCGCUACGUUCCUGCCCUCAAGGGGGACUAAAAGCAGGCGGCUGUGGGCGGCCUGACCGGUCAUCGCCGCCACCUCCUCGGUCGCCAGAUCUUACCACCUUGUUCCCCACCCUCCGAAAAUUGCUCUUCCUUUGUGGGCAAGGCUGCAGUUGUGCCAGUCAACUGUUACGGCCUCUUUGAGCAACGCCGGUUCAUUCUCUGCCUGAUGCCGGUCUCCAUUUCCAGCUACCUCCCUAAACAGCAGCACUGGCCCUCCAAUGCUGCUUCCUUUUCAAAUGCAAGCCCAUCUCAAUUUAUGGGGAAGUCCCACUGAAGUCAGACAACUUGGCUCAGAUAUUGUGAACAGCAUGCCACCCCCCUUUUUUUUUUUUGGCUGUUAAAACCAACCAACCAAGGACAAGUAGCAGAUGCCAUUCUCACUUGUCUCCUCGCAUAAAACAUGCCCCAGACACCCUUGGAUAACAACAGCUAAUAUUCUCCAAAUUCUGUUUGGCUGCUGCCAAGCGAAAACCUGAAUGGGCCAGCAAGCACAUUCCAUUCCAGGAGACUGGCCUCCCUCCUUCCUUUCCCCAAGGCAAGCAUCAAACUGCCCGGGAAGGCUUUUCAGAAGCCACUGCUUUCCUUCAAAAAUCCUAUGAGAAAAAACGCUUCUGCCCCCCUCCUUUUUUUUGCACCCAGCGCCUUCCUUUACUUUAAAAGGAUGCCUUAAAACCAACGUCUUAGAAACCCAGGAAUCGCCCGAACUAGCCCCUUUCCAACAGUGCAUGACAUCGCCAGCCCCUCUUCUUUGCAAAGAGCAAGCAGGUCCUCUGCCAUCCACAGGGCAACGGCAGAAGCCAAAAACUUAAUUUGGGGGACGAAAAAUACCCAACACUGGCGGGCGACGCAUUUGGACUCAGAAGCCGAUUUUUGUUGCAGAUUCAAAUCCUUGUCUUCCUUCUCUGGUUGCCCAAGGCAGCCUCCUGCCACCAGUGAGGUGGUGGGAUUCGAAGGCCUGGCAGGAGGAGGCCCUGUGACCCCUUCGUCACAUGCAGCAGGGCUUAUGUACAGGCGGGGUGGACUUCCCAAUUCCCACAGUAACCAUGUGCAUUUCGAGGAGGAACCGUAGGCCGAAAAACAGCCACCGCAAACCAUCUUAAUCUAGUUGACAGCAGGAAGCUGAAAGGGAAACAGGGAAGUGAUAAUAGUCUGCCAGGGUUGCAAUCACUUACCAAAGGGAGGAGGAGUUUGGCCUUUUCUGCCAAAAGUCAGUGUCUGUCCUUCAGCUCUCAGGGCAAAUUCAAACUACUGAUGCCCAGGGAAGGGCAAAUGAACACUUGGCCUGCACUGUUGACAUUUUGGGAGCCAAUCUGCAUGUGCCAUGCUGGCUGGGGAAUUCUGGGCAUUGAAGUCCACCCAUCUGCAAAUGGCUAAGGUGGAAAAACACUGUUUAAGAGCAAUAACAUCUGUGCUUCCUACCUGGUGCGUCUUUGAAACCCUAAACAACAACCAGGAGAGCCUCAAAUAGACACAAACCUCAAGAUCUGUGCCUCAACAGCCUGCACUCCAGCUACCUUCCCCCACUUCACCGGGCUUCCAGUUUCUUCCCACUCCCCUUUUCUUGCUAACAGAGAUCAUCUUUUAGGUUUUUUUUUUAAGGAUAAUAAAUGGCGCUCCAAAGCUUUCUGGAAGAGUGGAACAAAAUCUAGUUUUCUAAACUCGCUUACAUUGGAUCAUGGGCGGAAUGGGGGCUAAAUGCGUUUUCCAGACCCUUUGCUGAAAACAUCUGCGCCUCUGGCAGAAUUCAAGCCAGGGUUUAAGAGAAUUACCUCUGUUCCCUGGUGCCCCACCGUCUUGGGCCGCAGUUGUUCCACACAAGAAGAGAGGGGUGGCAGAGUUGCCAGCCCCCAGCGCCAACUCGCAUGGCUUCUUUUUGCCGCAUGCCGUUUCCAGCUUUGGAAUCCAGCAAGUUGGCCUCUGCAGGGACAGCAGCCGUGCGAGCAGGUCCCGCCGCUUGGUUCUUUAAAACUAAAUAAACCAAAUAGGCCUUUGAGGAGGAAAAAAGCGUGUGUUCUUUUUCAGCCCCCCUUGCAUUCUGGCCCACUUCCAGAACUUCUCCGGCAUAUUCCUUCCAUACGUACGUGUAACUUAUUGUUAAGGACUGCUAAAAUAUUCAGAUGUGCUCCUACCUUAAAAUAAACCAUACAGAGAUUUUU